AUGACCAAGGAGUAUCAAGAUCUUCAGCAUCUGGACAAUGAGGAGAGCGACCAUCACUAUCAGCUCAGAGAGGGGCCACCUCCUCCCCAGCCCUUCCUGAGGCGUCUCUGCUCCGGACCCUGCCUCCUCCUGUUCUCCCUGGGCCUCAGUCUCCUUCUGCUGAUCAUCAUCUGUGUAAUUGGAUCCCGAAACUCGCAGCUGCAGAAGGAGCUGCAUGCUCUGAGAGGGAUGUUCAGCAACUUCACAGUGAGCACUGAGGCUGAGGUCAAGACGCUGAGCACCCAGGGAGACAGUGUGGGCCGAAAGAUGAAGAGCCUGGAAUCCCAGUUGUUGGAGCAGCAACGGUUGAUGGGUGAAGACCACUCCAACUUGCUGCUACACGUGAAGCACUUUGUGUCUGACCUGCGCAGCCUGAGCUGUCAGUUAGCCAUGCUCCAGGGCAACGGCACUGAAAGGUCCUGCUGCCCUGUUAACUGGGUGGAGUAUGAAGGCAGCUGCUACUGGUUCUCUCGCUCUGGGAAGUCCUGGCCCGAGGCUCAGAAGUACUGCCAGCUGGAGGACGCCCACCUGGUGGUGGUCACUUCCUGGGAGGAGCAGAAUUUUAUCCAGCACCACAUGGGCUCUGCAAACACCUGGAUGGGCCUCACCGACAAAAACGGGCCCUGGAAAUGGGUAGAUGGGACGGACUAUGAGACAGGCUUCAAGAACUGGAGGCCAGAGCAGCCAGAUGACUGGUACGGGCAUGGCCUUGGAGGAGGCGAGGACUGUGCCCACUUCACUAACAACGGUGGCUGGAAUGAUGACGUCUGCCAGAGGCCCUACCGCUGGGUCUGCGAGACAGGGCUGGACAAGGCCAACUAG